AUGAAUGGGUAUAGACACAAUUUCUAAACUUCCUAUUAGUGCUCGCACGGUUCGCUUACUCAGCGAGGUUUUCUGGUUGUCAUGUUGCUCUUUUUUUCGAGAUGAAGACACUUAAAUUACUGAGUUGUAUGAUGGAAAAUGUAGAACAAAUAUAGGCCCAUACUCAUGUAAGCUUUCACUUCGUCAGCCAUAAUUUGCACGGAUAUACGAUGAAAACCUUAAGUUUGAAUUUUUCGAUUACGCUGCAGGGAGUUGAGCACUCUACGAACCGCGCAGAAAAGGCAGGACCACGAGUAUUUACAUUUUGUUUUGGAGCUUUUCGAAUAUCGGGGUUAUGGUUUCCAAGUAUUGCCAUUAGCUUCUGGAGAUUUAAAGCAGCUACUUUCGCAGUACGCGACGCGGCGGGCGCAAUGCCAAUCGGUAUCAGCCUUAGGCGCUGGAGGUUCCACUUGCAAUAUUGUUCGUGCGGGAGGCAGUGGAAAAAUCGCGCCAUCUGUAAGCGGUGUCUGCGCACCGGUGACGGGGCUCCAGACCGGACUUUUUCCACCACACGUUGCUGCUCGGUACAUGGAGCAAAUUCUCCGCGCGUUGCAGUUUCUGCAUCAGUGCAAGAUAAUGCACACGGACUUGAAGCCUGACAAUAUUUUUUACGCCCCACCCCCACCGGGGCUGACACCAGCUCCGUCUGCGGCAGUUGUACCGCCUCCACACAGAGCGCCUCCGAGCCUAGGUAUCAACCCCGAGAGGCCCUCGGCCUCGUUUGCACAAGGCAUUCAGACGAGCACGGGCAGCAGUGGCGUGUCUACUACUACAGCAUCAAAAUUAACAUCAGCUUCAGCGCACAAUGGUCAUAGACAAGUGCCGCAGAUGAGCAGUGCUCGAUCCUUUUCGUCGGCAGCAACAGCUACAGCAAAUGGCUCUACUAGCCAUCCAAGCCGACAGAUCGCGAACGCGCUACCCUCAGCAGCUCCUCACGCCGCGGCUGCACUACAGAGAAGAUUCUUCGAAGAUCGUGUGGACGAUCUCCAGAUCGCUAGGCAGAACGUAGAAAAGGCCGCACAGAAAGCAAUGCAGACGAGAAUGGAUGCACAGGAGAAGUCGCGCUACACGUCUUCACUCAAAGACAGCCCUGACACAUCUUCACGUGGCGCUCCUCUACAACCAGAAAAAGCCACCGCUUCUAGUUCUCACAUGACCAACAAUGGGGUGCUUUCUUCGGCGUUGGUUGAGGAUAUGGAUAACAGCGAUCCAGAAUCGGCACGACACGCGGCACGACCCACACUGCCGGGAUCGGGCACAGGUGCUGUCACAACCAGUUUUUUUGGCAACUCUAAGGCUUCAGUCGACCAGAUUCCCGAGAGCUUGCUUUUGAGUUACAUAUUGAAGGUCUCGGAUUUUGGCGAGUGUGUUGUCGACGCCCCGCUAACGAAGAAGGACGCACGUCCACAGAAACGCUUGGGAGACUUUCAGGCACCCAUCUACCGUGCACCGGAAUCCUGGAUGAAGGAAUGGCCUCUGGGUCCUCAAAUGGAUUGGUGGGGUGCAGGAAUCAUUUUUCACGACAUGUUGUCCGGCAAACCUCUUUUUCCGCUUGCGUCCGACGCGCGCAUACUGUACGAGAACGCACUUCGCCGUCGGCAUGCUCUCCAAGAGCAACAGGAGCUUUCUGCGAUCGACUGUAAGAACGAUCAUCAGAUCUUCCAGAAGCAGAACCGAAACGGAAAGAGCCAUGAUGAUGAUCAGGUUGAGCAAGUGCUUAGCUCGGGCGUCAAAGAACAGAUUGAACGCGGUGAGCCUGAUCUUGAUGCCGACCUCUUCGCGGUGCCGCUGCACUCCUCUCGAAUUAGCGGAACGGGCAGAUUCCGUGAGCGGGGAAUUACGAUCGCAAAUAGACACAAGGCAGAAGCAAGGGAAGAAAUUCUAAUGGCAUUGUAUCGUGAGCAUUUGAUGAGCUUCAGUUCCCAGCAACCUUUACCGACAACGUUCAUAGCUCUACGCGAGUCAAUAAGACGCACGUAUAACGGUGAUGCAGUACUCCGCAAGCUAGAUGUGAAGAUGGAGACAGAGAGAAACGAUAAUCAUAAGCUCAAUAUGGCGAAAAUUUCAAUCAAGGAUAUGGUCGGAACGCUCGGCCCGUUCCCAUGCACUUUCAUCAAGCGCUGUAUAUAUGCUGCCAACGAGUCACCGGAACUAGAAGAGGUACAGAUUUUUUAUUUGAAAAAUGCGCUAAGAUGAACACACUCACAUCUAUUAUGAUGCAUAGCAGUAGCAUGAGGGGCUACAUGAAAUCCGGCUUCCCUAUUCCCCGUUCGAUCCCCUAUUCCCCGUUCGAUCCAAAAUCCACACCGCAAUCGCAUAAUCCACACCGCAAUCGCAUAGGCGUCGAGCAAUCCCCACAGACGCAAAUCUACGCCUGAAGCAUUGCGCCACUUCAAAGUAAUCCCAGAAGACACGCACAGUGGUGAAGAAGCGAAAGAGAAAGUUCAGUUGAAAAUCUACCGUCCGAUCUCGCAAAACUACUAUCUCCGCGAUGAUGAAGCAGCUUGCGACCAAGAUGAGCUUUUUCGCAAAAACAUGCUCCCCGGCGGACAAUCCGCCCUAAGAACGAUCUUGGAGAGUCGUGGAGUGAGGAUUUCUAUGCCGGACGACCAAUUUGUGAAAAGGCUACAAGGUCGGGCGGCCUCGGACUUGCGUAAACAGCUGUUCUCGCCAUGCGCCGAGAACCACGAAGAGGCUGCUGGAUCCACUCUAUUAGGAGGGCCGCCAGAUGAUGAGGGACGCACGCCGUCGGAUCAGUCUGGUGAUCACCAAACUGCUGCAGCUGGCGCCACAGCGGCAUCAAAUGCUAUGUCAAAUGCUACAACUACAGGAAUGGGCCAGAUAAAUAUAACCAACGAGGAGAGCAGGGACAACUCCAGUAAGAAUAGAGAUGAACAACGAUCGUCAUCAACGACAACUCCUGGCGCUCAGUUACCACAGGGGUUGAUUAACAAAAGAGGACGCGAAUCCGCAUCGUCAUCGUCUUCAUCCUCAUCUUCCGGUGGUUCUUCUUCUUCAUCCUCCGAUGGUAACUCUGAGUCGGAGAGUGAUGACGCCAAGAAAAAACGAGCUAAUACCGAUGCGAAUUCUCAGAAAACCACAACAUCAGCCCGAAGAGUAGAGAACAAACAAGGUGACGAAGCUGAAGUGGCCGCGAAUGAACACCUCGCGACAGGAGCUGCAUGCAAGCAACGCAAGCAGGUGCAGGACGCCGCACAUGAAGAUUCGCAAAACCAACCACUCGAGAAUAAAAAGUCGGGAAAUAAUGCUGAAGUCCCAAGUGGUGAAACGCUGAACUUGAUGAAGAAUCCUGCGACGCCUGCGUCCAGUACACCCGGUUUGACCGCAACGACCGACGCCCCCAAUUCGACAACCGGUGUAGCGACGACCACGAAUGGGUAUGCUGUUCUCAACGAUUGUGGCUCCGACAUCGAAGAAGCAGAACAUCAACCAGGCUGUGUAGGAAAUACCUCCAAAGUAGUUCUUGCAGAGCAACAUGAUCAUCAGCAGAAAAAUUUUGGAAAUCCACUACGUUUACAAGCUUCGAGACAAGAAGAGCAUGCCGUCGAAAGGAAGAACUCAUCUGAAGAUGUUUUGUCGAACAAGAAGCGUGAAGUAGAUGGUUCCGACAUCAAUAGCGUGACUCCGUCGCCAGCCGCGCUCGUGACGGAUCCGAACCGAUCGCCGCCACCUAGCGAGCUCCGAACAAUUCUGUCCGAAAAGGUCAGUCGGGAGGUCGAUUGCCUGAUGCGCCAACUCUUGACUAUUGACCCACAGCAGCGUUGCUCGCCAUCCGCUGCGUUGAAUCACCCCUUUUUCAAGACCAUGCGCAUCUUGCGCCCCGACGCCUUUCAUGAUUUAUGAUCAUUUGAUUUGCGAGUAGGAUCUAUGUGCAUGCUCAAGCAGGAUGUCGUAGACAUCAGACAUCAAUCAACUUCGUACUUUCCUUCUAGCCGCCAUGAUUUAUGACGACUUUUGGAGCUCCUGUUUUGUGUUAUGUGAGCACAGUUCUAUGUUUUCCUUCCUUUGAAGCAGCUGCUAUAGCUCUUGAAGUAACUAAUUUGAGAUCGUUCUCGAAGUUGAAAAAUUCACCUCAACAUUUGACAUAAGAUCAAAACAGCCAGAUCAUUCUCAUUUUUUUUGGGGAUUUUCAACACUCUGGAGUCUUCAGGAACAAUACGGCAAUAACAUGAUAUAGCUUGAGCAUUUGAGCUUAUCCUUGUUAUGCAGAAUCAUUUGCUCGAACUAUGGGAGAAUUCAAAUCAGAGGCAGUAGAUUUUCAUGAGUGGCCUCCUCCUCGAGUAAGAUGUGCUAAGAUAACGGGCAACAAGCAGCACUAGUAUCGAUAAGGACUCAGGUACAAUUCUUAUCGAAGUUAUAUCCAUUUUCGUGCAAAGUUUCUGAUUUAUUUUCUUGAGCAUGGUUGUGGAUCAAGAUCAACAUACUCUCAUAUACAUUUUCAUCCUGAGCAAGAAUCAUAUACUAGGACAGUUUAUAGCACGAAUGGCGCAUGGGACGAAUGGCAUGAAUGGCACACCCCAACAAACCCCAAAUGUGUCACGAAUGGCACGAAUGGCACAGGUUGACAGGGUUCCGCCAGCUGGCGCCCCUGGUCUCAUUCGCUUACCGAGUACGUCGGUCGUAUGCAAGUGAUUCCGCCCAUGAGAGAAGCCAUAACGGUUCUCAAAGCCGGCGGCGAGCGAGGAGAGGGAGACGCGAGGCCCGGGCAGGCUCCUCUACUGUUUUCAAAAUGGUAAGGGAGCGGGCCAGGGGAACAGCGGAAGCCGCGCCUGAGGAGUGCAGAACUUCGCGCAAGGUGCCGCAUGGGCCUCGUUUUUUCCCGGAAUUCCGUGGGGGUCAUACAAAUUCGGACGAAUUUGCGUAGCCCCACUGUUUUCCGGGAAAAAAAUGCUAUGUGACCACCGGAGCGGCAUCGGGGUCCAGCUUGAAUACAGGCGAAGCCGCGUGCCUUGCGAUAGCCGUGACGACGAAGAACGGAAGAGGUGCCGCCGAAGCAUGGCGCCCCUCCCGUAGCGGGGGGGCAGCCUUGGCACCUAGUGGAACUGUGUGAGGGAUGUGCGUUUGGCUGGGUGCAGGGCUUGGCGCCCGAAGGGCGCCCCGCGCUCGCGGGGUUCUUGGCGGUCGGCGUAGAGCAUCGAGCAGGAAGUGGCAACCCAGUUGGGGGAGCAACGCGUCGGAACGCAGGGCGCCCGAAGGGUCUAUUUGGUCCACGAAUGGGACGAGUGGCGAGGUCGAUCGCGGUCACGGAUUGCGCCCCCGCCAUUCGUGCCAUUCGAUCCAUGCCAUUCCAGACCUGGACCCCUUAUACACUGCUCUAAUAUACGCGAGCGAUUUCGAAAACAGCGCGCUGAGCGUUGUAUUGAAGAUCAACUUUUUUACUAGUACUACGAGGAUAUAUCAUAGGGCAACCCCCAGCAACGCCAUCAAGCUGAUAUUGCUAUUGGAGCCUGUCCUUCGGUUUUACAUUUACCAUGCGUGCUAGCUGCUUGUAAUAUUGAUAUUGAUGAUUGACCUCUCUUGAUCUCCACCAAAACCAAAAGACAAUGGGAAAAUCUAGCCGGAGAUGAAAGAUUUGACUAUCCCCCUUCUCGAGCAUCAAUGUUGGCACAAGGCCCACAGAAAGAAACCAAAAAAAAUUGUUUUUGGACGUCAGGGCAAGAAUGAAAACGAAAGGACAUUACUACCGUAUAGUCCCCGUCUGAAACUGGAUGAUAUUUAUUACAGAGCAGUUUAUAGCACGCGUGGUGCAUGGUCAUGGAGUAGCAUGGAGGGCAUGGGGCGCAGAUCCCUAAGGGACGCAAGAAGCGCCCUCUUUCGCUCCAUGUAGCUCCAUGCGAUCCAUGCAGUCCGUGCCAUCCGAUCUGGCAAACCUUGGAAAUUAUUCUGUUAUUAAUACAAGAAAAAAGCGGAGAGAGACAUGAUAUAAUUGCGCGGAUGAAGCAGGUUUCGCUCAGGCCUGGUUAAUGCAUUCUCAUUCUCUCGUCGUGGGGUAGUUGUCUUUUCUUGACAUUGAUCGUGAUCAUGUGACCCGAAAACGCGGCUAGUAGACGUUCAGUUGCAGUUUCUCGUUCCUGGAAGGAACUAAGUACAAACAUACACAAG